ACCAAACCGCGCCACCCAGUGUUCUCACUCACCAACCAACCGAGCGACACGCCUAGGACGGAGCGCGCACAUACCUGCGACACCAUGUCGACGACGACGACGACGAUGAAGGCGAGCGACCCGGGGUCCGCGUGGUUCGGCAGCGGCGCCCGGGCACCGGCGGCGGCGGCGGGGACGGGCCACAACGUGCGGCUCAUCACCACCGCGGUGGCCGCGUUCGUGUCCGUGCUCGGCCUCGCCCUCUUCCUCCACCUCUACGUCUGCCACGUCCGCCGCCGCAACCGGCGCCGCGCGGCCGCCAUAGCCGCCGCGCUGCCGACCACGGCCGCGGCGCCGGCCCCCAAGGGCGGGCUGGAUCCCGCGGCCAUCGCGGCGCUGCCGACCACCCUCUACAGGAACGACGCGGCCGAGGCGGGCGCCGGCUCCGACGAGUGCACCAUCUGCCUCGGCGCCGUGCAGGACGGCGAGGUCGUGCGCGCGCUUCCGGCCUGCGGCCACGUGUUCCACGUCCCCUGCGUCGACACUUGGCUCGCGUCGAGCUCGUCGUGCCCGGUCUGCCGCGCCGAGGUGGAGCCGCCGCCGCCGACGGCGGUGGGCUCAGCUCGGUUCGUGCAGGAGAAAGUGCAGGACGCUGUGAAGCAGGAAGCCGGCAGCUCCACUCCGGACCGGGGGAUCGGUGCCUGUGCGUCGCUCAUCAAGAUGUUGAGCAGGGAGAGGCCGGCGCCGCGAAGGCCCCAGGGCGCCUACGCCGACGCCGGGGACUUGGACGACUUGGAACGGCAGCAGUAUGCUGUUGCCGUGAAUAAUUAAUUACUCUAUUAUUUUUUUUCUCUAAAAAAAAGACGGCCUUUUUAGUUUGGUCGUUUUCCUCAUCAUUUGUACAUCCCGCACUUGCGUGAGUGGCGCAGUAUCAAGACAAGGCUGUGAGCUCUUAACUUUUUUUGAUGAAUGCA